CAUAUAUAGAUGUUCUAUGAAGGCAGGGUUUAGGAAUGAGGAGUGGUUCACUCGUAAUGGGAAAAACGAUGUAAAAAAUAGUGUUCGUGAAACACGGGAUUUGAUGUAGAGUGAACGAGGAGAUGAGGGCGUGCGUGUGUGUGUGUGUGUGAGAGAGAGAGUGAGUGUGGGGCGGUUGGGGGUUAAUAAGUAACAAAGGUUCCAAGGUUCACAUACACGCAUGGGACUCUGGGAAUUAAACAGGAACACAGGAAGAGACAGAAAUACCUGUUGUGCUCUUUUUUGAUCCAGUGUUUUCGAGACUUUGUGUGUGUGUGUGGGUUGAUGGGUAAGGUGCAGGUGGGAGUCGGGUCGUUCGCCCGGAGGCCCGAUAACUCAGCCUUUAAACAACAAAGGCUGCCGGCGUGGUCUCCCUCCCUCGCGCCACACACCGUGCUGCCGAUCUUCUACUCCCUCUCUCUGGUGUGUGUGCUGCUUGGCGUCUGGCUCCUCAUAACAGUCCAGAACACGUAUCAGCUGAAGGUUGACUACACAGACGCUGGUACGUGUGACCACUGCUUAGAGAUGCGCAAAUAUCCCACCAACGCCACUGCCAAGUGUAACUGUGUUGUCAACUUCAGUGUCCCAAAGACCUUCCUGGGGGAUGUCUUCUUCUACUAUGGCCUGAUUAAUUUCCACCAGAACCUGCGCAGGUACAUGGACUCCCGCGAUGAUGCCCAGCUGGUCGGGAGGAAGAAUAGCCUGAAGGCCCCCAGUUCGUACUGUGAGCCGUUUGCUUAUGAUACAAAUGGCGUGCCUAUUGCCCCCUGUGGUGCGGUGGCGAACAGCAUGUUUAACGACUCGUUUGCGCUGCUGUACCAUCAGUCUGUUAGUCCCGAAAUCCCCGUUCCGCUCCUCAGAAAGGGCAUCACCUGGUACACGGACAAAAACGUCAAGUUCCACAAUCCCCAAACAAACUCCACACUCCAGCAGGCCUUCGAAGGUACUGCUCGGCCGUUGUACUGGCAGCAGCCGGUGUACGACCUUGACCCUACCGAUCCCAACAACAACGGCUUCGUCAACGACGAUCUGAUCGUGUGGAUGAGAGAAGCGGCCUUCCCCAACUUCAAAAAGCUCUACGGCAUUCUCAACCGCGCUCAUGCAACCUUCUCACAUGGCCUGCCUGCUGGCAACUACAGCGUCAUCAUCUCCUACAAUUUCCCUGUGCAGUACUUCCAGGGCAGGAAGGAACUCGUGCUUACCACGGUGACGUGGUUCGGUGGUCAGAAUCCCUUCCUGCCCAUCGCGUACCUGGUGAGCGGAAGCGUAAUCUUCGUCGCAGCGGUCGUUCUAACCGCGGUGUACGUCAAGGUGGGCCGAGACGGCAAGAACAUGGAGGAGUGAUGGAGCAGACGGAGGAUCGUGGACGAUCGUGCAUCCUCCGAAGCCUAAAUCCAUUUUAUUCGUAUCGUUACUGUGAAGGACGGAUACGCGAGACGUGUCGACCCUGCACUGAGAAUCCUCUCCAC